AUAGAUAAAAUAGAAACAGACUAAUUCUGAAACUAAAUUCGCGCAACAACACAUGUUUCUUUUUGUGUUUUUAUCUCACAUCUUUCUUCGUUUGAAACUAUGGAGAAACAAAACAUUACGAUUAGAGUCAUUUAAAUUUUGAAAUGGAAACUUUAGAUCCAACAUUACAAAUAACUAUCGAGGACCUCCCCGACGAAGUAUUAGAAUUCAUAUUAGGCUUUUUACCACCAUAUAAAGAUUUACAGAAUUGUAUGAGUGUUUGUAAAAGAUGGUGUGGUUGUGCUCAAAAUGUCUUACAUAAAACGUCUAUAAAAUUAAUAAAAGCUGUAGCAGAGUUCAAUAUAUUGUGGAAGAAUGUAACAGCUACAGACAUAGUGCCUACAAUAACAAAGAGAUUUUCUCAUGCAGCAUGUAUACUUGAAAACAAUAUGUAUAUUUUUGGUGGCUGCACUACAAAUGCGACAUCAUUUAAUGAUUUGUGGAGAUUUGACUUGUCUAAACGACAAUGGAUAAGACCACUUGCAACAGGCACAUAUCCUGUUCCCAAAGCAUAUACAACCAUGGUUAACUAUAAAGAUUAUUUAAUUGUUUUUGGGGGUUGGACUUAUCCCUCCCUCUCACAAUAUUAUCAAAAUGUCACAAUGUUUAAUGAUAUCCACUUUUACUGUGUUAAAUCUAAUAAAUGGAUAUUAAUUAAUGCAACAAAUCCACCACCUCCUAUGGCAGGGCAUUCCGCAUGUAUGAAAGAUGAUGAAAUGAUAGUAUUUGGUGGCUUAGUAAUGUCACCUGCUCAGAUUUUCCAAAUGCAAUGUUCAAACGAUAUAUGGGUAUUAAAUUUGUCAACAUUUAGUUGGAGAAAACAAUCAACAACCAAGCCUCGACCAUCUCCACGCUAUGCCCAGUCACUCAUUAAGCUGGAUUAUGACAGACUUAUGCUAUUAGGAGGUGUACAAACUUUACAAAAUCGCUUUGUUUAUAGUGAUUGUUGGAUACUUACUAUGAAAGGUCCUAUAUGGACAUGGAAAGAAAUAGCUGUUAAAAAUAAAGAAUGGGCUUCUGCUAAUAUAUGGUGUAACCCAGCCUGUAGGGUUGGGGACAAAAUUGUAAGUCUGAGUAGAAGUAGAAAUGGAUGGAAUAGUGCUAAGCCUUUGGUGACUUCAGCUGUUAGGUUAUCAAACCAUAAUAGGGAAGGGGCACCAGUUUCUGUAAGAGUUGAACAAAGUUUACAAAGACCAUUAGAUAGAGACCAAAAUAUCAAUGGUAGACGUGGAGUAUUACCUAGGCAAAGAAUUCCAACCAAUGAACCAACGGCUGGACCGAGUAAUGAAAAUGAUCAAGCUCCUAAUUUAGGCUUAAUAAAUACUAAUCAGGAUGCUAACAUUGCUAGUUCCAGUGGGGAAGGGAGGCAAAAUAACACAUUUGAUAUAUCAAAAAAAGAAUCAGCUCUACGAAGAAGUAAAAAUAAGAAUAAAGGAAUGAAAAUAGUCAGACAAUUACAAGAAGCUAAUAAAUACAGGAUGGCUGCUUUUGCUUGUGAUUCCACUGGUAGUAAUGCAGCACCAGAAAAUGAUCUCAUUAAUCAACGGCAAAUAGGCCAUUUAGAAAAUAGGAUACAGCCACCUGCUGAUAAUCCUCAACAGAGACCUCCCGCUAUAAAGAAAAUCAAACGAAAUACUCUUGCAAUGCAUGUUUUGGAUAUCUCUACAGUAGUUGAUGGAAAUUCUUUAAAUUUUGUGUCAUGGUUAUGUCCCCGUCUUGGUGAAAUGCACGGUGCACCGGAAGAGUUGGUUAUGUACUCUUUAGUUAAGGGGAAUGGUGAAUUAAUAAUGUUUGGUGGUGUACACAAUGAUAUAAGUAUUUUAAACUACUCUGAACAACAGAACAUGUAUUCAAAUUCAUUACAUUUCAUUUCUCCACCUAGAGACAUAAUUUAAAAUUAAUCAAUAAUUGCUUACUUUCUCCAUUCAUUUAAAUAAAUAUUUUUCUACAUUGUGUUGUGACUAUAGCUAAGGCAAUCGAUUUCUUAUUUCAUGUUUUUUGUUAUAACAAUGUUAUUGUGUUGGUGUUUUCAAAUUGGAUUUGAUAUUUUUUUAAGUCUUACCAAAUUCGAGAAACUGACAUCUGCAUGUUAUAUAUUUGCACUUAUGUAUGGUUCAUGAAAUAACAGUAUACAUUACAAUAUAAAUAAUAUUUGCUUCAAGUGGAAGAAGGCUCUUUUAAUCUUUAUUUCAUGCUUUAUCACUGAAAAGACCUCUGAGAACGACCAAUUCAACUUUUAAAUAGUACAGACAGUUAACAAACAAGUAUAAGGGUAUAAGUUUAGAGAGAAAUAUCUCAAAACAAUUGUUUCCAUAACAUGUAUAAUAUCAUUGUUUACAUAUGGUAUAGUUUAUUGGAUUCUGGUAAACAAAUCACAAAUAAGCUAUAUCCUUAAUAUGUAAUAUAUAUUUUUUAGAAAAAAAAGAUGUAAAAAAUUAGUUUAUGCUAUUGAAUAAUCUGAAAGUAUAUGUCACACAUUUGCUCUUGCAUAUCUGAUACUAAUAUAAGAAGUUAUUAAAAAUAAUCCUUUGUAUGAAAUACUAAUUCCUUUAAAAAUAUUUAUUGAUUUAAUUUAAUACUAUUCAGUUCAGGCUAAUAAAAUUUAACUAUUAUAUGAACCAUAAGUGUUCAUAAUAUUAUUGGUAUGAGCUUUUCCAGUAUCACUUACAUUAGUUAUCUAGGGAUAUUCUACAUGUUAGCGUGUGUUAUUUUGUACUGCCUUCUUAAAUAAUUUAAGUGAAACUGGAAAUUCUUAUUUAAUAAAUACAGGCUAGUACAAGAAUUAAAACUGCCAAUUAGUCUAUAGCCUCUGUUUGUUUUCAAUUAAUUUACAAAGACAUUAAAAUACAACUUUUGAUUUGUUUUUAAUAUUAAUUUCAUAUAAUGUUGAUAUAAAAGAGUUGUAAAAAUAGGUUGAAUUUAAUAAGCAGAAUGCAACUUGCUACACUUGUCAAAUAAUACAUUUCUAAUUAAAUUAAACAUAAACACAUUAUUUCUGUGAUUUUCUUGUAAAUAGAUAAAUUGC